CAAUCGCAGAGGGGCUCGCGUUGCUGCCAUGGUAACCGACCUACGCCGUACUGGUGCAGCCUCGGACCUCCCGGCCACACCACCACCACCAACAUCGCCAAAGUUUAACCGCUCGAACGCAAAUUAUCUUACUUUUUUUAAAUAACAAGACAGCCUCAGGGUCCGUUAAACUACACCCGCGCCUCUGUCGUGGCCGAGCGCGACGCGUGGAAAUGGCUGAGCUGGGCCUGAGCGAGCACCACCAGAACGAGGUGAUCCAGUACAUGCGCUUCGCCCGCUCCAAGCGCCUGCUGCGCCUGAAGACGGUCGACUCGUGCGUGCAGGACCUUAAGGAGAGCCGGCUGGUGGACGACACGUUCACGGCGGAGGAGGUGGCGGACAUGCUGGAGGGGCUGCGCGUGGUGGUGCGCGGGGAGCUCGAGUCGGAGCUCAUCCACACUGCGCACACCAACGUGCUGCUGCUGCGCCAGCUCUUCAGCCAGGCCGAGCACUGGCACCUCAAGCUGCAGGCCGACGUCUCCGAGCUUGAGAACCGAGAGCUGCUGGAGCAGAUAGCCGAGCUGGAGAAAUCUGAGUUCAUUGCAGCCGGAAAAAAGCCCAGCACGGAGGUCAGCAAGGCCAAGCUGGCCCCCCUGAGCGACGUCGGCGCGACCGAGCUGCUGAACAAGGAGAUUCAGCGGCUAAGAGAGGAGAAUGAAAAGCUGAAGGUGCGCAUCAAGAUGGUGGAGACGCAGGCGACCAGCGCUCUCGAGGAGAGGUCUCGUCUGGAGAGAAGCCUCAAGGAGGCGUCCCUGCACCCACCUGCAGAUCAGCGGUCGCCCCCGGCGACGGACCUGAGCGCGCUGGAGCAGCAGGUGUCGGCGCUGCGUGCGGACCUGCAGCGCGAGCAGAGCGCCGGCGCGACCGGAGCUGCGGCCCUGCAGGAGGGCCUCGCCGCCAGCCAGCACGAGCUUCUGCGCAUCAAGCAGCAGCUCGAGGUGGCCGAGAAGGAGCUGGACAGCAAGUUCCAGGACACGGUGGCCUACCGCAAUCUCAAGGACAUGCUCGCGCGCAAGAACGACUCCAUCAAGGACCUGCGCAAGCGGCUGUCGCGGUACGAGCCCGAGGACUAGCGCGGUGAAAAAUAUGGGGGGGGGGGGGGGGGGCCCUGGCUCUGUGUGGGACCCCCCCCCCCCCGCAACUCCCCAGCCCCCCACUGCCUCACUGCCCACGUUGAAGGGGCCGCAGUAACGACGCCCUCGCCGCACACGUCGAUCCGACCCUCCCUCGCUCUUCCUCCUCACCCCCCCCGCCACCGGCACCACCGCCUCCACAGCGCGGCGAGACCGCUUAAGCCGCGCGGCGCUGGAAAUCGGGCAUCACGGCGCUUCAGAGCAGGCGUGGGCAACCUACAGCCCACGGGGGAGGGAUGUUACCCACAACUUCGUUUUAGAAAUAACAGCACCACGCUGCAGAGGUGUGUGCUGCUACUCCCGCCGCUGUUGCUACUGCUGCUCACAAACAGCAGGGGUUAGCACUCCGCGCUACGAACACGGCGACCCGAGUUCGAUUCCCGCUCACGGCCCGCCAACAGUGACGAUGAUCUGAACC